AUGUCUACCAAGAACGCCACAGUUGAAUACGGUUUGCUAGUUAAGUCAGCCAAACAGUUGGUACAGAUAGUUAACGGAGGUCAAAAGUCACUGACCUCGUCAGGUCAAGGUCAGGGAUACAUAGAAAAGUUAGGCAACGACAGUGAAGUUAGACAAUGGUUGGGAUGCAACAAGGUUGAGAAGGUUAUCGAUGCAUCAAACAAAGUUGUCAUGCCAGGACUGGUUGACGGCCACACGCAUGCCGUUUGGGCUGGAGACAGAGUCCACGAAUUCGCCAUGAAGUUGGCGGGCGCGACAUACUUGGAUGUGCACAAAGCAGGCGGUGGCAUACAUUUUACAGUGAGGCACGUAGCAGAGGCAAGCGAGGAUCAGCUGUUCAAUGAUCUCAGGAUCUAUCUGUUGAAGAUGCUACAAGCUGGGACGACCUUAGUAGAGGUGAAGACAGGUUACGGACUGAAGUGGGAGUCUGAGUUGAAGAUGCUUCGAGUGAUCGAGAGAGCGAUAAGAGAUGAGAGCAUCGCCAUCGACAUCUCCGUGACCUACUGUGCCGCACAUGCUGUUCCUAUUGGCAUGACAGCAGAAGAAGCCACAGUAAACAUCAUUGAAGAACAGAUCCCCGAACUACAAAGAUUAAGAUUGGCUGGUGAAAUCCACGUGGAUAACAUCGACGUUUUCUGCGAGGUCGGUGUCUUCGAUGUCAAUCAAACGAUACGAAUACUAAAGGCGGGAAUCGAAAUCGGACUAAAAAUGGGUGCUUCUCUGAAUAGUACAUCAAUGAGUCACCUGGAAGAGAUCAGUGACGAAGGUAUUGAAGCCAUGUCUCAGUCGAACACUGUCGCCGUUCUCCUGCCUACAACUGCCUACAUACUACGGCUGCAACCACCACCAGCCAGGAAGAUGAUCAAAGCUGGUGUAGCCGUGGCACUGGGUAGCGAUUUCAACCCCAACGCUCACUGUUUUGCCAUGCCAAUUGUGAUGCACUUAGCAUGCAUACAACUGAAGCUCACAAUGCAAGAGUCGUUGGUGGCCGCCACACUAAACGCUGCCGCUAGUCUUUCAAGGUCUGACGUGAGUGGGUCAUUAGAAGAGGGAAAAUAUGGGGACAUUCUUGUUCUGGAUGCUCCAAGAUGGGAACAUUUGAUCUUCCAACUGGGAAGCCAUCAUCACGUGAUCGAAUACGUCAUCAAGAGGGGCAGAGUUGUCCAUCAAUCAAGCAGGCUUUCGUGA